UGGCUGGAGCGGAGGGACGUCGGGCCCAGGGGCCGCCCCCUGCUCCGCCUCCCUCCCAGCACGGGGGCCUGCCCCGAGCCCCGGCGUCCGCGGCGGUAGCUGGGGGCUGCGCCGAGGUCGAGGCCGGGACCUCAGCGACACGGGUCCUCCGGUGGUUUCCCGGGAGGGAAGGCCCACCAGGCGGGACGUGGGGCGCGCCCUCCCCUCAGCGCGGUCGAGUUUGGGCGUCACCGGCGGGGGAGCGUUUCUCGAGAUUCCCGGGGUUCCCCGAAGCUAGGUAGCCCGAGGCCCCAACAGACUGACAGACCGACCCUCAGGGCCGCGCGCCCGGCGGCUACGGUCCGACGGGAGAAGCUCACUGGCGGGUGGUGGAGAGAGCUGGGGAGAAUCCAGAGGACAGAGACAUCGUAAUCAUUUCCUCCUUUACCUUCUCACUGCCAAGGCCACAGUUAAAGGCCCUGCCUCCUCUGCGAAGUAACAGUUUGCGGCGAGACGCGCGCGGAACCAACACGCUGUCCUUACAGUAGGUGGUGCUCCAUCGUGACACCCGCACCAUCAAAUCAAGAUGGUGGACACAGAAAGCCUGAUUUGCCCUCUCUCCCCGCUCGAAGCUGAUGAUCUGGAAAGCCCGUUAUCUGAAGAAUUCCUACAAGAAAUGGGAACCAUCCAAGAGAUUUCUCAGUCGAUUGGUGAGGACAGCUCCGGAAGCUUUAGUUUUACAGAAUACCAGUAUUUAGGAAGUGGUCCCGGAUCAGAUGGAUCCGUCAUUACAGACACCCUUUCACCAGCUUCGAGUCCCUCAUCAGUCACUUAUCCUGUGGUUUCUGGAAGCGCCGAUGAGUCUUCCAGUGCAGCGUUGAACAUCGAAUGCAGGAUCUGUGGGGACAAAGCCUCUGGCUACCAUUACGGGGUUCACGCGUGUGAAGGCUGCAAGGGCUUCUUCCGGCGAACUAUUCGACUAAAGCUGGUCUAUGACAAAUGUGACCGUAGCUGCAAGAUUCAAAAAAAGAAUCGAAAUAAGUGCCAAUAUUGUCGUUUUCACAAGUGCCUUUCGGUUGGCAUGUCCCAUAACGCCUUUUGUCAUCCAUGACAUGGAGACACUGUGUAUGGCUGAGAAGACACUAGUGGCCAAGCUGGUGGCCAACGGCAUCCAAAACAAGGAGGCGGAAGUCCGCAUCUUCCACUGCUGCCAGUGCACAUCUGUAGAGACCGUCACGGAGCUCACGGAAUUCGCCAAGUCCAUCCCUGGCUUUGCAAACUUGGACUUGAAUGAUCAAGUCACUUUGCUGAAAUACGGAGUUUAUGAGGCCAUAUUUGCAAUGCUGUCUUCUGUGAUGAAUAAAGACGGAAUGCUGGUAGCAUAUGGAAAUGGUUUCAUAACUCGUGAAUUCCUAAAAAGCCUAAGAAAACCGUUUUGUGAUAUCAUGGAGCCUAAAUUUGAUUUCGCAAUGAAGUUCAAUGCCCUGGAACUGGACGACAGUGAUAUUUCCCUUUUUGUGGCUGCUAUAAUUUGCUGCGGAGAUCGCCCCGGCCUUCUGAACGUCGGACACAUUGAAAAAAUGCAGGAGGGGAUCGUGCACGUGCUCAGACUUCACCUGCAGAGUAACCACCCGGACGACAUCUUUCUCUUCCCCAAACUUCUUCAGAAAAUGGCAGACCUCCGGCAGCUCGUCACCGAGCAUGCGCAGCUGGUGCAGAUCAUCAAAAAGACGGAGUCGGACGCCGCGCUGCACCCGCUGCUGCAAGAAAUCUACAGGGAUAUGUACUGAUUCGUGGUAAAUGCGCAAGAAAGGAGGAACGUCUCAGGAGUUUUAAAGUUGACAGCACUACAAAUGAGAAGUGGGAGCACGGUUACUUUGCACAGGUGGCCACCGUCCUAACCCUCGAGACCGGUAAGUGUAAGCUCCGGGUGGUCACCAGAACCCGGCUCCACACGUCCUUCCUCUUCUAACCAGUACUUCUAAGAGCGUGCAAAGUGUGGACAUGCCGGCGAUACGAGGCUGAGUCAGGACUUGAAAACUAAGGAGAAUGAUGUUCAGUGGCCUGAUUUGAACCUGCCCGGGGUGAAUCAAUGCAGAUUUCUUUAAAGCACGUUAGCAACUCACCGCUGAAUGAACUGGUGCCCUCGGAACACGUGGCCUGCCUUCCCCCGGGUACCACCGGUGACUGUUGUGCUCCUUUAUAAUUUUGGAAACUAAUCAGCACUUUUUAACGUUUAUAAUCCUGUAACCCUAGAGGUAUCCAAAGGUUAGGUAUUUAAAAAGCAGCAAAAUAUUUAUUCGGAAGACUUCAGUUCUGUUUCCUGAGCUUGAAGACAGACGACACGCUGUUUUUAAUCAUAGGAUUUAGAAUUUCAAAGAAUUAUUUGAUAAGCUAUCGCAAUGCAGCCAUUGUUUUGUUUUCAGUUCAGUUUUCAUGGUUGUGACUAAUACGUGGAGAAAAGCCUGUUUCCAGGUUUGUGUAGAAGGUCCCAGAAAACUGCGUCUCAGGACCCGCUCUGGGCUGGAUCACAGGCCUGUGUUAAGCUGAUAUCUGUGGGGAGCAGGAUCAUGACAAACUCUGAAAGGACCUCGUCACCCCAGUCCUCUCACCUGUUUCCUCUCAAAUCUGAACCAACCCAGUGUGGCUGUUUGGGGGCCACCGUAGUGUUUUCAGGGGCAAACUGACAAAUGAUUUGUAAAUGUCCCUCUGGCCCUGUGUGUCAAGGCAGCUCCAUGGUCUUUCCCUGUGUUGCUUUUUAAAAUAUGCAGCUUUGUUCUUGUAACUCUUGGUGGUAGUAGCUGCCCCCUGGCGUGGAGAAGACGAGGCAAAUGUGACUUUAUAGUGGAGGUGGGGUGGGGGUGGGAGAUCACCUGGAGAUCAGCCGGAGUGAGGGGAGGGCGGAUUCCUAUCGGGGAGGUUUCCCUUAGUCUCAGGAUUCAUGGCAGGCUGGUGACGUUUACAAAGAUUGAAAGAGUUAAGUGUUCUUUUCCAACCACGUAUGUAAGGUGGUCUUUCCAACAUCUAGAAUAUUUGUUUCAGCCUUAAAGUCAACUUCUCAACCUCGGUUUACCUGUGAAAGGAUUGUCUAUUAUGGUUUUUAUCUAGAGCUUGUGGUCCCGGAAGCACUCCCUUUUUCUGGCCAUCAUAGUAGAUCCAUUGUCCAGUCGGAGAUUUUCAGCAGCCCCUCCACCCCAGCCAGACUGGGCUGUGCUGGCCAGUGCCAUCAACCACAGGGGUCACUGGACACCUCACUCCCGGCAUCUAUGAGGCUGUAUCCUUGACAACACCCCCCCCCCAUCUUUAGAAAAUCUGGCUCUAUAAGGUCAUAAUUAUUUGCUAUUAAAGAAGGAUUAGGAUCAAUAUUGAUAAAGUUCCCAAGAUCAAUGUUAAGAAAAUGCAACAGUACAAGGAACAAUAAAACCGUGAGACUUCAACUGGAAAAAAAGCAAAAGUUACAAUUGGACCAUCCUUUUAAAAAUUCCACAGUCAGUGUUUUUUUAAGAUCUAAUCAAAGGAUCCCUUGGAAGCAAAAGUAUUUCCACAUACGAAUGACACCAAUCAAGAGGUCUUCCUAAGUCAUAAAGGAGCUGAGCUUUGAGUCACAUGGAGCGCCCUUUUCAAGGUUCAUUCCUAGAAUGAGAACCCCUAGACUGCUGAGCUUGGAGGGUCCUGGUGUCCAAGGUCGCGGGGCUCGGGGCUAGAGUCCAGUGUCAGGUCUGUGCUGCCCCCAUUGAGUACUGGCCUCUUGCUCAGAUGCUUCCGGACCCGAGCUUUCAGAAAAGUCUUUCACUCUGUUUAGAUUUUCAUAAAACUGAUCUAAAGUAGAUUUCAUAUUUUCGGCCAUAGCAAUCAGGCUGACAGAAGACACAGGUUGUGUUUUAGCGGCCGUAGAGAGAGUUGGAUCUCUUGGGGGCCUGGCCAAACUACCAGCGAUGUCCCUGGUGAAGCCACAGAGGAGGACACAGGUGACCUCAGCUUGAAAAUCACUUGACAUUGUUCACUUUUAUUAUAGGAAGAAAAUCACAUGUUCCCAUUCAUUUUAAAUAACAGAGUCACUAUAGUUGCUACUCAGAAUAUUUUGGGUCAGCUAGUCAGAAAUUUCUCAGAGCAUCGAUAGUUAAACAUAGACAAGUUAUUCACCAGUUCAGUGUAGUGUAGCGUUUCAAACAGGGACUACUGAGGGAAAGCAUGUGUUGUUUGCUAGGUCUCAGUAGACAUCGGCACAGAGUACAAUGGAAACGUCAUCGUAUCAGGUUCUAGAAGCUUCCAGCUGCGAGCAUGGAGCCACCUCCUGGGGUGAACACUACCUUGACCCCGCUUCAGCAAGUCACUGCUUAAACCUGCUUCUUCAUGUUCUUUGCUUGUAAAAGCAAAAAGUGCCAAACUCUUCCGAGACAACAAAUUACCAAACAGCCUUGGUCCUGGUCUCGAGUGCUGAUGACAAUGACAAUGAAAGGACAUCCCGGGCUCAUCCGAGACGCACCUCCUCACUGUGCGACCAGCCCCGUGCUCGGAUCCAACCUGGUCCUGUCCACCUGCUCCUACAGCAUCUCUGCCUUCCACGUCUGGACAUUUCCAUGAAGCCCGAGGGCCGCACUGCAGGAAGCCUUUUCCAUGACAUUCAGUAUCGUCAAAAGCAGGAGGCUCCCACUUGCCCCCGAGAGUGGGAUUCAGGAACAGUGUGAAUAUCGUCGGAGCACCAGAUGGCUGCCUGAGACCUUUCUACAACUCUGAUGAGAUGGGUUCAGAGCGGCUUCCUAAGGUGGAUGUAAGCAGACAAAAGCAAUGAAGUGGAGGACAGACAAUCUCGGUGUUUCAGCACAUCCGAGAAUGGCUGCGAGAGCUGUCCCUGUUUUAAGGGGUUCUUGCUUUUCAUAGAAUGCAGCUUUCUACUUGUACCGAUGUGUGUCUUACCUGGGGCUGUCUAAAACACUAGGGGGCCUCGAGGAUUGCGUUGCCCACCCGGGGACAGCGCAGCAUCUGAAGACCUGAGCAGAAGCAGCGCAAGGCCCAAUUCAAAUCCCAUGUUUGAUGUAUGAUGAUAAGUAAACGAUUAAUUAGCAAGUACUGUUUCCCCAAACCUACAGCAUAACAGCUACCUCAUUAGAGAUAUCAAAAGGCACUGUCAAAAUUAAGGUACUCAGACCCCCGCGGACUUUUUGGUGCAUCUUUGGUCAGACCAUCUGUGAUGAGGGCUCAGAGGCUGCACGCUCACCUCUUGUCUGCACCCUGAGAAGUGGAAGCUUAUUUGACUUUUUAAAGGAACUCUUGUUGUUUAAAGGGCGCCUCAAAGAUACGCUUAUAGAAAAGUUACUACCCUGUUUAGCGAGACAGCUUGAGUGUGACCGGGUUUAGGAGAAUCAGUGGUGGCCAGGCCUGCAAGUGACCCACUGCACGAGGCCUCCCCUCCAGCUACGCCUGCUGGCCCGUUCAGGGGGAGAGCCUGUUGGGUGAGGGUGGAAGGAGGUACCCCCAUGCCAGCCUUGGUCAGAUCAGGACUUCCCAAGGCCUCGCUCAUCUUAGUCGCACCUGUGCCUCUGCUCGACUCCAGACGUUUCCUGCCUCGUGUUCCCUUUUCAAACCAUGGUGACACUGGGUGCAAUGGAUCUUAGCGGGCAGAUGCACGAUGUUUUUUGCUCUUGACCCAGUGAUCACACCUGUCUUUGGAAUGUCUUAGGAACUCCUGUCUAAAUAUGGGUCCAUUGUUUCAACCAAUGGCAUUUCCAGUUAAAACUGACUUGACCACUGGCCUGGCCUUUGAGACUUUAAGGGACCCAGGGAAAGCCAGCCACCUUCACAGUACCUCUUCAACCCAUGUGGCCUUUCAAACUGCAGAUCCCGCUAGGAAGACAUGUCAGGUGCUCCCCACCUACACCUGGGUCUUUACUGCUUUCAAAGCAGCAGCACUUGGGCCGGCCGAGUGGCUCAGUUGGUUAAGAGCUCACUCAAGAAUGCAAGCUCUGAGCAACAGGGCCGCUGGUU